GUUUUGCUUGAAUAUUGGCGGAAGAACCUGUUUUUGCAUCAAUGGUUGAAAAGUGAAAGUUAUAAACUUCGGAAGAAUCUAAUUUUGCCUUUCAAUGGCUUCAGUUCGUUCACACAGUUAUUUGCUUUGAUAAAGAUAACACAUAGGGAUCAAGAACAUACAGGUUUUCAUACAAAUUACUGCUUUAAUCUAAUAAAAAUAAUGGAAACCCAAGAUACAAAUAAUAUAAGACAGCGAAAAGGCGCAAAUGGCAAAACAGAAGAAAACAUAAAUGAGCAAUUUGAGAAAUCCAAGCCAAAAAAUGCUAGAACUAUUGGUCUUGUGUUUUUGUCAUUACUUUUAGACCUACUUGCAUUUACUAUGAUACUACCACUAUUACCUUCCCUGCUCGAUUAUUACCAUGGCCAGGAAGGUACCUCAAACACUUUGUACUCAUCACUGCUACAAGCUGUGCAAAGUUUUCAAAAGUUAACGGGAGCACCAGACCGGUUCUCAUCAGUUUUGUUUGGUGGUGCUUUAGGAUCAAUGUACAGUUUUCUACAAUUCCUAACGAGCCCAAUAAUUGGAAGCCUAUCUGAUGCCUAUGGGAGAAAACCUUUGCUAUUGAUAUGCUUGGUUGGUAUCACACUCUCUCAUGCACUGUGGAGUUGUGCAACUACUUUUAGUCUGUUUGUCCUAGCCAGGUUCAUAGGAGGUCUAAGCAAAGCUAAUGUAAGCCUCUGUAUGGCUAUUGUUACAGAUGCUUCAGAUGAAAAAACAAGACCAAAGGGAAUGGCACUCGUAGGGUUGGCAUUUUCAAUAGGUUUCAUCUUAGGUCCUUUGGCUGGUGCUUGGUUUGCGGUGAACAGUAGUUACGAGACAAAUGCAUGGGGCGAGAGACCAGCACUAUAUGCUCUAUCUCUUUCACUCGCUAAUAUAGCCACUGUAUUAUUCUUUGUACCCGAAACACUGACAAAGGAAAAAAGAACACCUCUAUCUAUGUCUCUAGCAAAGGUCAUAGACUAUGUUUCUCCAUGGCAUUUGCUCAAUUUUACAGCAGUGAAAAAUAUGACGAAACGGCAAAGCGAAGUGUUGUCAAAAUUAGGAGUUAUCUACUUUAUUUAUUUAUUUAUAUACUCUGGUUUAGAGUUUACUCUGACAUUCCUGACACAUCAUACAUUUAAAUACACUGCAAUGCAACAGGGGAAAAUGUUUUUAGUAAUAGGUGUAAUAAUGGCGCUGCUACAAGGCGGUGCGUCGCGUCGCCUAGGUCCGCGCGGGGCGGAGCGAGCGGCGCGGGCGGCGCUUAUAUUGACUCCGCCCUCGUUCCUCUGCGUAGCGCUAGCUGCUACGUCACACCCGCCCGUGCUGCGCCCUAUUAGCUGGCUGUGGGCGGGGCUGGUGUUGUUCGCUAUAUCGACGGCAUUUGCGGUGUCGUGUCUGUCAUCGAUGGUGGCGGCCGCCAGCCCGGAGGCAGCGCGCGGGGCGGCGCUCGGCGGUCUGCGCUCGCUGGGGGCGUUGGCGCGCGCCGCCGGACCGCUGCUAGCGUGUGCGGUAUACUGGUACUCGGGAGCGGCGAUAACGUACACGAUCGGCUCCGUCAUACUGAUAUUCCCGGCUGUGAUGUUGUAUAGACUGAAAUUAUGAACAAAGUAUUAAAAUAGCAAUAAAAUUGCCUUUCAUAUACUAACCAUACCUCAAGACUUUGUAAUGAUAAGCAUUUUCAACCUUAUUUAUAAUAUAGAUGUAAAAUUUAUUUCAUUAUUUAAGUUACCUUCUCGAUUAUUCCCUCAGUAUUAACUGAAACUCGAAUGCAUAAUUUUGUUCGUUUGU